AUAUAUUUCAGAUUUCGAGCACAUUUUUCCGGUUUUUCGAGCAGUUAAAGCCAUUUUUCAAAAACAACUGGCAUCUCUGCUGCUGACACAACCUGUUAAAUGUUUAAACACAAUAACACAAAUUAUUUUGAGUAUAAAUAUAUAAACCAGUUUAUCAAUGGUUAUUAUAUCUUCAUAAGUCUAGGCUAGGUUUCGUAUUACUGUAGGAAAAUGCCGAUAUUUUGUGCAACAUCGUGUGGUAAAAAAGCAUUCUUGAAGGUCCUCGAGGGGCCUUUUAUUCUUGGUUCUAGCUCUACGCUUGAGGCGGUGCCAUCCAUUGUCAGAGGACAAAGAGUCUGAACCCGCCAUUUUGUGGAACGCCAAUCCCUCGCAUAUAUAUCUUCGAAGGUGCUGUCUGGACGCUAUUGGCCCGGCACAAUGAUCGAGCACUGCCAUUGAACGGAAAAUCGUCCAACGCCACGAUGUUCGGGACGCCGACUCGUGUUUAGUUAUACGGAUCCGGAGGAACAAGAACAGUAAACCAAGUAACUUAGGUUAAGAAACAACAUGUCGGGACAGGGGAAAUAAAUUAGUUAUGUAAGCUAUUUAUCUAUUGUUUCAAAGCGCGAUUUCCCUUGGUUUCACACCUGGUUUUUUAUUUCGUUUCGACGUUUUCAAAUUUAGUCGUCGCUUAGGUGUUUUACAAAAGUCUCUCAGUUUGUCGGAGUCGUGUGGCAGCAUAUUGGCCUGGUGGUUCACCCCUGUAAGUUGGUUUGUUUUCCGAUGUGUUUUGUGUCGAAUGAACUAUAAAGUGGUGAAUGAAGGCAAGCUGUGGGCUCGUUUCCAAACGUUGCAUGACUCUUCCCUCACCCAACACCCACUGAGCAAGCAAGAGUUUAUCAAUUGGCGCCCAACAUACAAAACCCACGAGAAUUAACAGAGCUGCGUAAGAAAAAGGGGGAGGGUAAAAUCAGAUUCCUGAUUACGCUUACUUCGUCCUCCAAACGAAGAUUUUAAUGAUGGACAUUGAAUUUGAUUUACAGUAUAAGAACCUUUUGGUUCACCAUUUGGAAAGAGAGGAAGUGGAAUAUGAAUUAAAAAUUCGGGGCAUUGAGUUUACAGAGCAGGAAACACGUUCGACGAUUGCGAGACGUCUGAAGGAGAGACUAAAAGUCGAGAAAUGUAAUAACAAUGCGAAUAUAGAUUUUGAUCGGUUAGAAACGACGGUCGAAGAGGAGAUUGCGAUUGUAGACAGAAAUCUUAAGCAAAUUAAAGAUUUUCUUUUACAUAAAAAAAAAUAUGAAGGCGCGCGCGUUGGGUUGAAAACGCGGCUCGUACAUUACUUUGCGCGUGUGAAACGAUUAACGGAUAAUAUGGAUAGUGAGGAGGAUCUCAACGAUAUCGACACGAUUGAAACGUGUAUUCGCGGAACGUACAAUAAUUUCUUUUCCAUUUUUUCACCUGAGGGUCAGCAUAAAAUAGUGAAUCAGAUUAAUCAAUCCAUGUCUAACACACAAAUUAGUUCAGCAGAUCCGAAUAGCGGAAAUAACGCGUCGGGGUCUAGCCAUGAUACAGAUUUACCAUUCGUAACGCCUGGGAGACAAGUGAGAAGACAAUUACAAUCGGUAGAAAAUUCAGCUUUUGUCCAAAAUCAGGGACCAAACCAGAAUAUGUUGCAAUCCUUCAUGCAGGCAUGUGCAUAUCCGUGGAUGUUCGGCCCACCACCUAUGCAAAUGUGGGCAGCACAGCGGAUGUUACAUUUUAAUUCCGCAGAAAAUUUAAAUUCAAAACUCACUUCUUUGGGAGAUCAGGGUGGUAGAAAGCAAAGUUCUCUCGAAGAAAAUGUUAUAGACGACGCUCCGCAUAGAGAUCGUAAUGCUACACGCCCGCGUAACUUAGAUGAAACAGAUUCUAAAUCGGGUUGGUCAUCAGAUAGGUCGCGCCGCGAAACAAAAUAUAAAAAUCGUUUGCAUCGAUCGAGCAAAGGUAGGCCAGUAUCCGACUGGAGAUUAAGGUACGAUGGCGCGGACAAUGGCCAGUCGCUGAUGAAAUUUAUUAAAGAAGUUGAGUUUUACGCGAAAUCCGAGAAAAUGUCUAACAAAGAACUAUUUCGAUCGGCAAUUCACUUAUUCGGUGGGCCCGCUAAAACCUGGUUUAUGACAGGAGUGGAAAACGACGAUUUCACUUCCUGGGAUCAGUUAAAAAAAGAACUAAAGCGCGAAUUUUUAAGUCCGGACCACGAUCACUUUUGUGAGACACGUGCUAUUAAUCGGAAACAAGGCCCACGCGAAAGAUUCCAAGAUUAUUACAUGGACAUGCAAACGCUUUUCAACUCCCUUACCAAACCUAUAACCGAGCGGAAGAAGUUCGACAUAGUGUACCGUAACAUGCGCGCUGAUUACAAAGGACACGUGAUCUCGAAAGAUAUCGACAAUCUCGCGGAUCUCAAACAUUUCGGUAGGCGUCUAGAUGCUACUUAUUGGUAUAAAUUUCAAACACCCGCGAACGAUAGCAACUACCGCGGGAAAGCUGCCCAAGUGAACGAGGUUCACACCGGGACAAAACCUAAAUCGUAUCGUAAAACAGAAAAUGAACCGCAAAAAACGCGUCAUUAUUACAACUCCAAUUUACAGUCGCGUAGUUCGGAUGAAGAAGUUAAAAGAAACGGAAAUAAUAGUAUACCGAAAACAAACCAAACCGGAUAAGAAGCUUUGCUUAAUGCAUACCAACCUCUUAAAGAGGGGUAUUGUUUCAACUGCAGACUUAAGGGGCAUCAUGCCCGAGAUUGUGAAAGACCGAAACAUAAAUAUUGCAUCAGAUGUGGGUUUCCCAAUGUGGAUACGACCACAUGCCCGUUCUGUGAAAAAAACGCGAUCAAGACUGUCCCCGAGGGCCGACAAGUCGAGCGUUCGUAAAGACCCUCACUACCAAGGAGCAAAUGGCUGCUUUACAAUCUUUAGGAUUUGAUAAAGUAUCCCCAAACGAUUAUUUUGAUACCAAUAAUUUUGAACUGAAUGAAGUUAUAAUUUAUCCUGAAAGUGAUAAUAGGCCUUUCGUAGAAGUAUCCGUUUUCGGUAACGUACUGGUGGGUCUUCUUGAUAGUGGGGCCCAUUUAAGUAUACUGGGAAUCGGGGCGCUGAAAUUGCUUGGAAAGUUGGAUUUACGUAUAUUUCCAUCAGACAUGUGCUUAAAAACUGCCAAUGGACAGGAUUUGGAAGUUAGAGGAACAGUGUACCUUCCAAUCACUUUUAAUGAGGAGACUAAGAUUAUUGAAACCUUAGUGGUCCCGUCGCUGAAAAGAAAAUUGUUGUUAGGAAUGAAUUUUUGGAAUAAUUUCCAUAUUACCCCCACCGUUCAAAAAGCUAAAAUCGAAAGCAUAGAAAGCAACGAAGAUGUAGAACCAGCUAUUGAUCACGAGGAAACUCGGCUUAGUAACCGACAAAAAGAACAACUUGAAAAAGUAAAAAAAAAAUUUAAAAUUGCAGAUGAAGAGACGUUAGAAACUACGGACUGGAUCAGUCAUCGAAUCGAACUGACCGAGGAAGCAAAAAAACUUCCACCAGUCCGUAUUAAUCCAUUUCCGACCUCCCCGUCCAGGCAACAACAAAUCAAUGCUGAGCUAGACAAAAUGUUAAAGUUUAAAAUAAUUGAAAAAUCCUACAGCGACUGGGCACUGCGCCUUGUCCCAGUAGAUAAACCGGACGAUACAGUGCGCCUAUGUUUAGAUGCCCGUAAAAUAAACGAACGCACUGUGCGAGAUUCGUAUCCUCUCCCACAUGCGGAUCGCAUAUUAAGCAGACUUGGAGGGUCCGAGUAUAUUACAACUAUAGACUUGUCUAAAGCUUUCCUUCAGGUUCCUUUGCACCCUAGGUCUCGAAAAUAUACCGCUUUUUCCGUGUUAGGACGUGGCCUAUAUCAAUUUACUAGAAUGCCCUUUGGGCUGGUAAAUAGUCCGGCUACGCUGUCACGAUUGAUGGACAGAGUGCUCGGCAGCGGUGAAUUGGAACCUAAGGUAUUUGUGUAUCUGGACGAUAUCAUUAUUGUCAGCGACACCUUCGAAGAACAUUUGGCGCUGCUUGAAGAAGUGGCCGCUAGACUCAAAGCCGCCAACCUGUCUAUUAAUAUUUCUAAAUCGCGGUUUGGCGUGACUAAAGUACCUUACCUGGGGUAUAUUCUAGGACGUGGGGGUCUUCGACCAAAUCCAGAUCGGGUAUCCGCCAUCGUCAAUUAUGAGCGACCAAAAUCCCUACGAGCAUUAAGGAGGUUUCUAGGGAUGUGUAACUACUAUAGGAGGUUUUUGGCUAACUAUAGUGAAGUUACACAGCCAUUAACAGACUUACUACGGAAUAAGCCUAAAACGAUUCACUGGAAUGAACGGGCCGAAGCCUCCUUUAUCAAUAUUAAAACCCACUUGAUAAGCGCUCCCAUACUUACUAAUCCGAAUUUCAAACUACCUUUUGCGAUUCACUGCGAUGCCAGCGACGUCGCAAUUGCCUCGAUUCUGACACAAAGUCACGAUGGGGUAGAAAAACCGGUUGCCUACUUUUCACAAAAGUUAUCGACUACUCAGCAACGAUAUUGUGCAACGGAGAAGGAAGGACUAGCAGUUCUUAAAUCCAUAGAAAAAUUUAGAUGUUACGUCGAAGGUACUAAAUUCACGGUCUACACUGAUGCCUCGGCCCUAACUUAUAUUAUGCGCAGUAGCUGGCGUACAUCAUCUCGGUUAUGCCGAUGGAGUAUUGAUCUCCAACGGCAUGAUAUGACAAUUUUACACCGGAAAGGUUCUGAAAAUAUAGUGGCAGAUGCCUUAUCACGUUCUGUGGAAGCAAUGGAGGCUACUACUGGCUGGUACGCUGACAUGGUCAAGAAAGUAAAUACUUACCCUGAAAAAUAUAAAGAUUAUAGAAUCGAAAACUCUACUCUUAAAAAAAUCAGUUCCGCUCCAAGCGACUCAUUAGAUUAUCACUUUACCUGGAAAACCUGUGUACCAGAACAAAUGAUAGAAAAAAUUCUUGUUGAAGAACACGACGACAGUCUACAUUUGGGGAUGGAGAAAACCUUAGCAAAAAUUAAAAGAAAAUAUUUUUGGCCUAAAAUGGGAACACAUGUAAGAGAAUACAUUGCUCGCUGCUCCUUGUGCCGCAAAAUAAAACCUGCUAAUCGUUCUCAAACUCCAGAACCAGGCAACCAACGAAUUACCACCAAGCCCUUUCAAAUCAUCGCGAUAGAUUUUAUUCAGUCACUUCCUAGGAGCAAAACUGGACAUGCACACUUGCUUGCGAUUAUGGAUUUAUUUUCAAAGUGGUGCUUAUUGGUCCCCGUAAAACGGAUCAAUGUAUCCCAGGUGGUUAACAUUUUGGAAGAAAGUUGGUUUCGACGAUAUUCAGUCCCAGAGUUCCUGAUCUCGGACAAUGCUACGACUUUCCUCUCCAAAGAGUUCAAGGCUCUACUAACAAAGUAUGGUGUACAACACUGGACCAAUUCUCGACACCAUAGUCAAGCCAACCCUGUGGAACGGUUGAACCGUACUAUAAACUCAUGCAUAAGGUCCUACGUGACACAGGAUCAAAAGCUAUGGGACACACGGGUAUCGCAAAUUGAAUUUUGCCUAAAUAGCACCCCGCACUCUGCUACGGGAUUUUCUCCAUACAGGAUCCUUUUCGGACAUGAAAUAAUAGAAAAGGGGGACGAACACCGGGUAGAUCGGGACAUGGAAGAGAUUGCAGAUGACGAGAGGGUAAGGAGAAAGGGGCAGGUGGAUGAAAAAAUUUACUCUAUGGUAAUGAAAAAUUUGAGGAAAGCACACGAGAAAAAUAUUAAAAAUUAUCACCUGCGUUCAAAACAAGCCGCCCCUAUUUACUCGGUGGGGCAAAAAGUUUGGCGCAGAAAUUUUCGUCAAUCUUCCGCGAUGGACAAUUAUAACUCCAAGCUCGAUGCAUUAUAUGUCCCUUGCGUCAUUCGGGCUCGGGUAGGAACUAGCUCAUAUGAGCUCGCAAAUGAAGAAGGGAAGCCUAUCGGCGUCUUUUCGGCAGCCGACCUGAAACCGGAGAGAUAAAAUAAAAUUUGUGACUACUUUCUUGAUUGUAAUUGUCCAUACUUAUCGUAGCCAAAAUUUAUUUAUGCGAUUCACGUCUUGUUUUGAUUGCAUGAUGGCUGUAAUGAUGGAAAUACUUUGUUGCGGGAGUUCAUCUAUAUAUAUAUUUUGUUUAACUUAACCUGUUGUAGCAGUCAAAAAGCGAUCUCUUAGUGGGCGUUAAAUUCGGAAAAAUCCAGAGGCCCUUGAUAGGCGCGAAAACUACUUUUUUUCCCGUACAUAAUUGUUCGUGAUAGUUG